AAAAAGCGAACAGAGUGGAAGGAAAAGGAAGAAAAGACGAGAGAACGAGAGAGAGAGAGCAAGGAAUAAGAGAAGUGGUUUCGAAGGUGCUCCGGAGGGAGACGAGUUUUUAGAGUGCACUCGCUUUUCUUCGUUCAGGGGCAGAGGGUGAAGAAGACAGCGAUGGCCGGAUGGUGGAACCUCGGUGGUGUUUUUCUUCUGCUUUUUGCUAUCUUCCUUGCUCCCUAUUUGUACAAGAUCAACUGGAUCAAGGAUCUAAGGUUGGAAGGUAACAGCAGAAGAAUUCUCACAAAUUAUUUGGAAUCUAAGAAACGCAAACUGGGAAAACUUCCUCCAGUUUAUCCAAAUGGAUGGUUUGCUCUCUUGGAGAGUUCUCAACUGGGAAAAGGUCAGGUGAAGCAUGUGGCAGCUCUAGGACAAAAUUUUGCUGUAUUCAGAACAGAUAAAGGGACGGUGAGAAUUUUAGACGCUUACUGCCCUCAUCUUGGUGCAAACAUGGCGGAGGGUGGUCGUGUGAAGGGAGAUUGCUUAGAAUGUCCUUUUCAUGGCUGGCAAUUCCGUGGCUCUGAUGGACAAUGUGAUCACAUUCCAUAUACCGACAAAGUGCCGCACAUUGCGAGAACGAAGACUUGGAAGAGUUGCGAAGCUAAUGAGAUUAUCUUUGUUUGGUACCACGCAGAAGGAGUAGAACCUAGCUGGCAACCACAGACCCUCAAUCACAUAUUGAAUCGAACAUGGCGUUAUCACGGUCGAAACGAAUUUCUCAUCAAUUGUCACAUACAGGAAAUUGCAGAAAAUGGAGCCGACAUAGCGCACCUUAGAGUAGUGCACGGUCCUGCGGUGUUUUCGAAGAUAACUUAUAUACUUUCUUUAAUUGCUCCGUUCGUGCGCCAUUCGUGGUCAAAUAUUAAUUGGAUGCCGCACAGUUCUUAUUCGGAAUCGAAGAAAUCUGAAGUAGCUGAAUCGAUCAAACAAAAUUCGGAAAAUUCCAGUCAUAGAGCGUACAUGACUUUAAGACAUCAUUUGAUAUUAUUCGAUAAAUUUAAAGUUUUGAAAUUGGAUGUGAACGUUCAGCAAAUUGGUCCUGGAUACGUCGAGUUAUUCAUGGAAAGCGUUCUAGGAACCGUGUGUAUUUUUCAGACAGUGACGCCUAUGGAACCGCUCCUACAGAAGGUAACUCAUUUGCUGUUUUCUCCACCGCUGAUUAGUCCAUACGCCAGUAUAUUAUUUUUGGCAGAGUGUUUGAUGUUCGAAAGGGACGUGGCUAUUUGGAAUCGAAAAAAAUUCGAGAAACAGCCGUUGCUCGUGAAAGAGGAAAAAAGUAUUCUUACAUACCGCAGGUGGUAUUCCCAAUUUUAUUCGCAGCAUAGCCCCAGUUAUCAUUCGGCUAUCAAAUCCAUACAAUGGUAGCCAUAUUUUCUUUAUUACAACAGGCUUAAUUUUAUAAAUGUUCGAUAAGAUUCUAUGAUAUUAAUGACAACUGUAACAGCAAUAGUAUUGACGUUUACGGCAAAUACAUAGUUCUUAAUGUACAAGUACAGA